CUCCGGGGCCGCUCCCGGGCUGCCGCCUCCGGGCCAGGUAGUCCGGGGCUGCCGGGCGGGAGCGGACAGCGCCUUGGCCCCGGCCCAGAGGGGGAGGUUGCGUGCGUGUGGGCGCUCGCCAGUUCGCCGGUGUCGCAAUCGCGGGCCGGAGCAGCCAGCAGCGCCGGGACCUUUGCUCUGCGAGUUGUGUCCGGAGCGGUGUCUCCGGGGCUCCAGCUCCCGGCCGCCCGCGCUCCGAGGGACUGCCGCGACCUGCCUGCCCGGCGAGGGGGCUCCGGAGGCACCGCGCAGCCCGGGCAGCCGGCCUGCAGAUCUGGACGGCUCCUUUGGGGAUGUCCAGGACCUCAAGAGGAGAUGUCCUCAUGGCUGAGGCCACCUGUGCCUGACAUCACUCCUGAUUCCGUUGUGGAGCUGUGGAAGGCUGAAGCCCAGGAUACCAAGCACCUGUGGGAGGCUGAGUCUCAAGAUGUGGGGGACAGCCUGGGGAAGGUCGCCAGCAACUUCAUCCUUGGGGAAGAAGCCAGGAUUUCCCAUCCCGGUGGGGGAGGCUCAGAGGUGGGACAGAACACAGGACCGGUCCCCAUCCUGUUCCCCUGUUCGGAAGUUCAUCUGGAGUCCACAGAGCGGAGGCCACCGAAGAGGAAAAAGGGGCCGGCUCCCAAGAUGCUGGGGAACGAGGUCUGCAGUGUGUGCGGGGACAAGGCUUCUGGCUUCCACUACAACGUCUUGAGUUGCGAGGGAUGCAAGGGCUUCUUCCGCCGGAGCGUGAUCAAGGGUGCCCGCUACACCUGCCACAGCGGCGGGCACUGCCCCAUGGACACGUACAUGCGCAGGAAGUGCCAGGAGUGCCGCCUACGGAAGUGCCGCCAGGCGGGCAUGCGGGAGCAGUGUGUCCUGUCCGAGGAGCAGAUCCGCCUAAAGAAACUUAAGCGGCAGGAGGAAGAGCAAGGCCAAAGCUCGGCCGGGAGCCCGCCGGCCCCCUCGCCGCCCCCGGCCCUGCCUCAGCUGAGCCCCGAGCAGCGGGGGAUGAUCGAGAAGCUGGUGGCCGCCCAGCAGCAGUGCAACCAGCGCUCCUUCUCCGACCGCCUCCGGGUCACGCCCUGGCCGCUGGCCCCGGACCCGCAGAGCCGGGAGGCCAGGCAGCAGCGGUUCGCCCACUUCACGGAGCUGGCCAUCAUGUCUGUGCAGGAGAUCGUGGACUUCGCCAAGCAGCUGCCCGGCUUCCUGCAGCUCAGCAGGGAGGACCAGAUCGCCCUGCUCAAGACGUCUACCAUCGAGGUGAUGCUCCUCGAGACAUCCCGGAGGUACAAUCCUGGCAGCGAGAGUAUUACCUUCCUCAAGGAUUUCAGCUACAACCGGGAUGAUUUUGCUAAAGCAGGGCUGCAAGUAGAGUUCAUCAACCCCAUCUUUGAAUUCUCGCGAGCCAUGAACGAGCUUCAGCUCAACGAUGCCGAGUUUGCUCUGCUCAUUGCCAUCAGCAUCUUUUCUGCAGACAGGCCCAACGUGCAGGACCAGCUUCAGGUGGAGAGGCUGCAGCACACAUACGUGGAGGCCCUGCACGCCUACGUCUCCAUCCACCAUCCGAAUGACCCCUUGAUGUUUCCCCGGAUGCUGAUGAAGCUGGUGAGCCUCCGCACCCUGAGCAGCGUCCACUCGGAGCAGGUGUUCGCCCUCCGCUUGCAGGACAAAAAGCUCCCGCCCCUGCUCUCGGAGAUCUGGGACGUGCAGGAGUGACUCCCCCCCGCCCGCCCGCCUCCCGGGUGCGGGUGCCCCGGGCCCAGCCUGGCUGCAGCGGGCGCUGGUCUGACUGAGGGGGAGGACAUCUCCGGGCUGGGGAGGACGGAGAUCCCACGUGGGGCAUUAAAAGAGAGUUGAAGGGC